UUGCUGGUGAACGCAGCAGGACAAGCAGCAUCUAUAGGAAGAGGUGCAGUCGACGUUUCAGGCCGAGACCCUUCGUCAGGACUAACUGAAGGAAGAUUUUCCGGCAGUUCCGUUUUGAUUGACAUUCGAGUGCAAGGGGCGCCGUGGAAGCACCUCGGUUCCUCUUGAUGUCGCUGCAGCUGGAGGACCAGGACUGGCUGCGCAGGCGGUCGGUUGCUAGGGGCGCGGCUGAGUUCAGCCCGUUGCCACCGGGCUGCUUCCUUCACUACGCGGAAGUGCAACUCGUAUUAUUUCAGAGAGCGAGGGGGAGAGAGAGAGGAAGAAGAGACGGGAAUCUGCAGUCAGCGGCAGGCAGUGUUGGGUACACGUUGGCAGCGAUGGAUGGGCUGAAGUGUGCAGCAGCGGGGAGUGGUGACGAUGCGGUAGCAUCACCUGGAAGUGCCAAUGGAGGGACGAAAGUGGCGAUCAUCACCGGCAUCACUGGGCAGGAUGGCUCAUAUUUAGCAGAGUUUCUCCUGGAAAAAGGCUAUAAGGUGCAUGGGAUUGUACGUCGAUCUAGUUCUUUUAACACUGGCCGUAUUGAGCAUUUGUACAAGAAUCCUCAGACACAUGUAGAAGGGAGUAUGAUACUGCACUAUGGGGACCUCACUGACAGUACGUGCCUUGUAAAGAUCAUCAAUGAAGUGAAGCCCAGUGAAAUCUAUAACUUAGGUGCACAGAGUCACGUUAAGAUCUCCUUUGACCUCGCAGAAUAUACUGCUGAUGUUGAUGGUGUUGGCACUCUGAGGCUACUGGAUGCCAUUAAAACCUGUGGCCUUAUUAAUUCAGUGAAGUUCUACCAAGCCUCCACUAGUGAGCUCUUUGGCAAAGUACAGGAAAUUCCUCAGAAGGAGACUACCCCUUUCUAUCCUCGGUCACCGUAUGGGGCGGCCAAGCUUUACGCAUACUGGAUUGUGGUGAACUUCAGGGAGGCUUACAACCUUUUUGCUGUCAAUGGCAUUCUUUUCAAUCAUGAAAGUCCAAGACGAGGGGCUAAUUUCGUAACUCGGAAAAUUAGUCGGUCAGUGGCUAAGAUUCACCUCAGACAGCUGGAUUGUUUUAGUUUGGGCAAUCUGGAUGCCAAGAGAGAUUGGGGUCAUGCCAAGGACUACAUUGAGGCAAUGUGGUUGAUGCUACAACAGGAUGAACCAGAGGAUUAUAUUAUAGCUACUGGCGAAGUGCACAGUGUUCGUGAAUUUGUGGAAAAAGCCUUCAAACACAUUGGCAAGACUAUUAUAUGGGAAGGUCAUGGUAAAGAUGAAGUGGGCAAGUGUAAGGAAACAAACCAAAUCCAUAUAAGGGUGGAUCCCAAGUACUACCGACCUACAGAAGUGGAUUUUCUACAAGGAGACAGCACCAAAGCUCUACAGAAGCUGGGAUGGAAACCAAAAGUAUCUUUUGACGAACUGGUGAAGGAGAUGGUGGAUGCUGAUAUCGAGCUCAUGAAGGCCAACCCAAACGCUUGAGGCCAGAUUCUAUUCCGCAUAGCAGAGCAAUGAGAUGUUUUCAUGGAACAUGGGAUGAAAUUUAAUGAUCGGAAAAAAUGAUUUAGGUUUCAAAUGUGCAAGGGAAAGAGAAUCACGCUCCUAAUGUGAUUGUUUAUUAAACGGUGUGCUAAAUGUACUGUAGCUUCAAAACAAUACAAAUUAAUCAUAGUAUGCCGUUGAGAACUGUCUUUUAACGAUUGAUGAUUUUACUUCUGCCUUUAAUAUUGAAAUUUAUUUGUAAACUGAAUGAAGCUUUGAAUGAGGUUCAGGAAUAAUCAUGAUUUUGUAACUUACUGUAUUAAAUAGGGUGUUGUUUAAAAUGGUUCAGUUACUUAAAGUAACUCCUGCCUCGUUAAAAUAUGAUGGUGCCGAUUUCGAACAAUUCAUUGCUUACAUUAAGUGUGGGCGUUAUAUUAAUUCUAACUCCCACGAUAUUAUUUCAUUCCUGUAGAAUUGGAAAGGCGAUAUUUUAUAACAAAAUACCAUUUUUACUGUUAUAAAGAUCAUGACAUGGACAUCUUUACUGACUGGCUUUAAAGAACAUAUUUCAUUCACACAGUGUGAAUGUCUAACUUUCAAUGAAGAAAGUGGGCUUCGUUUUCCUAGGCACAGCAAAGAGAAAUUCCUUGGAAAACUUAAUGAGGGUUUGUGGACGUAAGAGGAACAAUUUCAGGGAAACGAUGGCAAUCUGUUUGUAAAAGCUCCUUCUGUAUUUCGCACAUUCAACCUGCAGCUCUGUGCCCUUUGGGUUCCGCUCCCUGCUUUCUAUAAUUAGACCCCAGUCCGUCUCCGUGGUGGUGGUGCUGAGAUGCUGGCGAUUUUUAAUAUACUCAGUACACAUAAUUUAACGUAAGAAUAAUUAGCAUCUUUGUUUUAAAACGUACUCUUUCACCAGAAGCUUUAUUUUCCCCCUAAGGUUUAAGAGGCGGUUCUGUUGAACGCUGGGUUUCAUCCUCACUGUAAGCUUUCAAUGUUGAAUCUUAUCCAUCAAAUCUCGCAGUUUAUCCUGAAUCCGGAACUCCCACCCCCAUUCCCAGAAAAAGUCUCCUUCCUCCACAGAAAUCGCCACAGUUCUUCGGUUCUUAUACUGUUAGUCUUAACGUUUAAAGUGAAGUAUUUUCAAAUUGUUUUAAAGUCAGACGGACCACCUUUAAGACAUUAAUCGAGCUAAUCAUAUUUUCAGACUUGAUUACAGUAAAUCGGGGAAAGAGGCUGCCGCAAAUAAACAAAUGUCGAACCAGGAUUAAGUUUACAGCCAUACAUUUGUUCAUUGUGAAGUUGCUGAGUUUUUUAAAAAGUGCCCAUUAUUUGAUUUCCCCGAUGCUGGCACAGGCAAGAAAACAAAAAAAAGUCACUUUAAUCAUUGGUCGGUUUAAGUGUAGCUGGGUUGGAGUUGUAAUCAUUUGAAAGGAAGAAGCUAUAGCGCUCCAGGUGGGGGAUAGAAACGUGGUGUUUGCCUGGGUUGGGUUUAAGAAGUUAAUCUGUAUGAUCUGGUUGUAAUAAAGCAAGUGGUUUACUCAAAUGCGCAUUUUCUUGGUGACCUUUCUUUUGUCCAAUUCCAAUUCCGUUUACCGUUCGGUAAAAUAAAUGGUCGGCGCAUUUUCCCGCGAUCACAUCGUUGAUCUUGCCACG